AAUUUGCUGUAAUCACCCUUAAUCACCUUUUAGUAAAUUCAUGACUAAGCUGACGACAGAUCUGUAUCUUCAUAGUUUAUUGUGCGGGUUAUUUAUGAUGAAGUGAUUAGAGCGUACGCAACAUAUAUAUAUAUAUCUGUGUACUGUUGAAGAGUGCCCCGUGAGCACUGUAAAACGGCUGAUGAGUCAGUCAGUGAAGUGUGACAUAUAGUCUGACUCUGAACAACAUCUCAUCAGACUUGAGUUCACAGUUGUUCUUCUGAAGAUCAUUUGGCUGCUGUAGCACGGCGCUCGUUUGACUCGCGCCCGAAGCUGAGGAGAAGUUGAAGGGCGCGUCUCAAAAUUCUCCCGUUUCAUGUGCUAACGGGUGCUUUCGAUUCAGUUUAGUCAGGACAUGACGGCGGUGUACCUUCUUUUAUAAAUUAAUGUUACAAGAAAAUACAACAGGGUUUGUUAACGACAUAGAAAACGAAGAGCAAAGAAUUUGCAUCGGGUGUGAUUUACGUUUUUAUUUUAUUUAUAUAGUUUUUGAAGCCACUAAUCUAUAUCGCAAAAAAACGUAUCGUUAUUUGCCAUCUUGUCAGUCAAUUUCAACUAAAAAUGUACCGUCAACAAAGACGUGGCGGAGUUCAAGUGCGUGCAACUCGAUGUGCGACACGACUUCAACAGGUCCAUCCCCUUCUGAGAUUGUUAUUGUUCGAAAGUCCUAACGUGACAUGUUUUUGGUUGACUUGCUUCCAUAACAACAUACACGAACUCUUUAUCUGCAUGGGACCAAAAUGAAGCUCUUUUUUUGUGUUUUGCUUCUGCACGGUGCAUCUGGUGUUGGUCCAGACAGAGUGCCAGUGUCAGUGAUGGAGGGAGAAUCAGUCACUCUACACACUGAUGUUAAAACAAAUAAACGAGACAGAAUCAGAUGGUAUUUUAAUGACACUCGCAUCGCUCAAAUCACUGGAGAUCUCAGUAAGAUCUGUACAGAUGUUCAGUGUAAUGAAGGGACUGAGAGAUUCAGAGACAGACUGAAGCUGGAUCAUCAGACUGGAUCUCUGACCAUCAUGAACACCUCAAACACAGAUGCUGGAGAUUAUUACGUAGAGACCAUAAUCAUCGGCAACAUCAGUGAAAAGAUCUUCACUGUCACUAUCACUGGAGAGGCCAAAACCAGUGGCUCUGACGGAGAAGAUGAAGCCCCUGUUCUAUCAGCUGUAAAAACUACAGGAUCGGAUCAAGGUUCUAGUAAUUUGGUACCAGCAGUACGUGUGGCUAUAAUCCUGGUGGUCGUGGCUGGUGUUAUUGGUGUUGUUGGUGUUGGUGUGACUUACUGGCACUGCAAGAAGAAUAAACCAAGAAGACCGGAAGUAUUAACACAAGUAUUACACAUGAAAAGGUACAUGUGAUGAAGCAAAAUUCAGAGAUGGACUGAUACAGGAUGAGAAGAAUAGAUAAGUAGAAAUUGAGGUUGGGUUUUAAAGACAACAAUUUGGGUUGCAAGGUAAAAAUAUAUGCUUGGCAAAACCCAAAAUGGGGGUUAUUCUGCAUGAUGGCUUGUUCAUUAAUAAUCAUAAUAAUAAUUUUUAUUUAAUGGGUUAUUUCUCGCUUGGUUUUUUAAGAAGGUAUUUCAGCUCUUAUGUCUUAAAGCCCUUUCUGAUCUUAUUUUUACCCCACACGUGGAUUUAAUUUUUCCAGAACACAUUAAAUCCUGUGAAAUCCUCUAAAACCUUGUGUAGAUUACACAAACUCUGUACACAAUAAGUUCAUUGUUUUAAAUGAAUACAGUUGUAGCAUACUUUUUUAUAUUUAGUUUAAUAUGUCACUUUUUUUGGUAUAAGCCAAAGCAGGCUUUUUUUGUGUGUGUUUGUCCCUUUAAAUGCAAAUGAACUAGUUGUACUUUUUAUAUUGUUAUAAAUUGUUGCUGUUGUUAUGUAUGUAUGUACAAAAUAAAAUAUUUUCCUAUUAAGUAGUUGCUAGUUAACAUACUACCAUACUGCCCAAUAUCUCUCUGAUCAGUUGUAAAUAUGUAAAGAUGUGUGUGAUAUAACUUUUCAAAAAAAUUACUUAUUUGAAUAAAAUCAAGCCAGCUCUCAA